CUUUGCUAGUUUUCGAUUUUAGUAAAUCUUAUAUCCCUAACCGGAACUGUAAACAUCAAAACGAAUGCCGGAUAAACGUGAUUUUUGGUCGGUGUAUGAAAAUAUAAGUGACUUUAAAAUAUAUAAUACUGUUUGUCAUUCGCGUUAACAUGGAUCCUAGUUUUCUGGAUGUAGCAGCAAAUGAUUCCAUUCAACAAAACGAUAAUUGUAAGAUGGAAAAUUUAACACAAUCUUAUUUGGAGUUGAAAAAGAAAAUCUGCAAAACCCACGAAGUGAUUAAACAAUACAAUGAUAAACUCAAGGAAUGCGAGCGUUUGAAGUCAGAUUUGGAUGCAGCAACUAAACAAACAAGGAAAGUCACUUGUAAUUAUAACUCAUCAUUGGCCAAAGUUAUUAAAUUGGAACUUCAAAAUACAGAAUAUAAAAAAAAUAUUGAAACACUGACCGCAGAAGUAAAUGAUCAUAAAAUAAAAGCAGCUGCUGAUCACCAGCAUAUACAACAAUUGGUAUGUAAAAUAAAAGAUGUAGAAAGUCAUCACAAUGAUUUAAUUAUGCAGCAUGAUUUAAAGAAGUCUACCCUUGAAAUGAAAGUCAAAGAACUAGAUCAAGAAUUAAAAAAUGUGAAAAAGAUGUAUGACAUGAAAAUUAAAAAGAUGGAGAGAAAACCUACAACAGAAAACAAUAGUAUUCAUAAAAGUAACAGUAGCAUUAAUAACGAUAGCACUAUCAACAUUUGUAAUAAACCGAAAAUGAUAGAUGUUGGAACGGUUACAAUCCUCUCUAAGGAUGAAAUAAUACAGAAACCGCAAGUUACAAAUAAAUGUAUAAUAACAGACGAAUUUUAUAGUAUAAAAGACGAUAUGUAUCCUAUAUUUUGUGCUAAAUGCGAAGUUCGUAUAGAACCUACACCUUUAGAAAAGAUAUGUAAAAUCAUGACAGAGUCAUGUCCAAAGUUGGUAGAGCAGAUUCCAUCUCCUCCUAAGAAAAUGUUGCCUCCGCCAAUAUUACCUUCAUCAUCCAAUACAAUUACCGAACGCAGUGAAAGUGAAAGUUUGAUAGCCUUGCCGGAAACGCCACCGCCAUGUAUACCGAAUCAGAUCAAUCAUUCUGAAUUUAUUUCUCCCAAUCAUCUACCGCCGCAAGCAUCAGUGGAGUCAACACGUUCAAAUUACAGUAACUUUCCUCCGGCGCCUAGUUUUAUAAAUCCAACUUAUAUCGGAUCGACACCGGUUAAUUCUGUCUCGGUAGUGAAAAGUAGAACUAGUCAGAGUACUCAUUGCGAUGAGAUAUCAAUGGUCGCACCUUCACUGUCAAUUAUAUCCUCAUUGCAGAAGAGGGUUAAUGCGUUAGAGAAAAAGCUAAAAAAGAAACUGAACGAAAGGAAAGUAGAACAAAACAGUAACUGUUGUCAGCAUUCUAACCCGCAUUAUAUGUAUGAUAUUAACAAUUCGAUACAAGUGAAUUUUAUGCAACUUUGGCAAAGAAUAACCGAUUUAUACGACAGCAAAACGAAGCAACAACACAUUGUAAAUAAACGUAGGAAUAGAACUUGGAAUAAAUGUAAAUUAUCUCGACUGAAAUCUACCAAAAGACUGCAGGAUGCGCGUGCCGGAAACACAUGGAAAGUAGAGACUCUGACUAAAAAGGUUGAGCCGAGUUCUGUUAGAAAGAGGCCUAAGAAACGUAAAUACAGACAUUCUAUGCUUCUAAACAAACCCGAAGUUCCCAUCGAAAUUUCAGAAGAUUUAGAAGAACUGGAUAACGAUCCGGAUUCUAAUUCAUUCAGUGAUUCAUUUAAUGAUACUGCUGAUAUUGCGGUAGAUGCUAGUAUAAACUCUCAAAAUGAACCAUGUCUAGAAACGACUAGUUCAGCAUGUAACAAUGAUUUACAGAUGUUAACAUGCCCUCAAUCUAUGGACGUAGAUGAACCAGAGACUGUAGAUGCAGCGAAAAAUUCAGCUGAAUGUAAUAAAUCAGUGAAUGGUGAAACCGACUCAGGAAUAUUAUCAGAUUCUGUUGAAUCUAGUAAACUAGUGCAACUUGAAGCAGAUUUAGAUGUUUGUUUCGUUCCGAAGGAAAGUAAAAAUCUGGAGGAUCAGUCUUCCGAGAGUAGUGUACCGUGCUUCACCGAGAAUUCGAGUUCAACGAUAUUUGAAACGGCAGAGAAACCUUCUACGAAGAACUCGAAAUCAACGAUAUUUGAAUCCGUAGGAAAAUCUUCCACCGCGAACACUAAUUCAACGAUAUUUGAAUCCGUAGAAAAAUCUUCCACCAAGAACUCGAGUUCAACGAUAACUGAUUCGGCAGAAAAAAUCUCCUCUGAGAACUCGAAUUCAAAGAUAUCUAAAUUGGCAAAAAGAUCCUCUACCGGGAACUUAAAUUCAACGACGUCUGAGUUGGCAGAAAAAACCUCCACCCAAAACUCGAGUUCAAAGAUAUCUAAAUUGGCAAAAAAAUCCUCUACCGGGAGUUUGGCAGAAAAAACCUCCACUCAAAACUCGAAUUCAACGAUAACUGAUUCAGCAGAAAAAUAUUCUACCGAGAACUUGAAUUUAACGAGAUCUGAAUCGGCAGAAAAAAUCUCCUAUGAGAACCCGAGUCCAAAGAUAUCUAAAUUGACAAAAAAAUCCUCUACCGGGAACUUGAAUUCAACGAUGUCUAAAUUGGCAGAAAAAACCUCCACCCAAGACUCGAGUUCAACCAUAUCUGAAUUGGGAGAAAAAACCACCACCAAGAACUUGAAUUUAAUGAUGUCUGACUUGGCAGAAAAAUCCUCCACCGAUUACCUGAGUUCAAUGAUAUCUGAAUUCACAGAAAGAUCCCCCGCUGAGAACUUGAAUUCAAUGAUGUCUGAAUUGGCAGAAAAAUCCUUCACUGAGAACUCGAAUUUAAUGAUGUCUGAAUCGACAGGAAAAUCCUCCACCGAGAAAUUGAAUUCAACGAUGUCGGAACUGACAGAAAAAUCCCCCAUCGAGAAUUUGAAUUUAAUGAUGUCUGAUCUGGCAGAAAAAUGCUCCACUAAGAACUUGAAUUCAACGAUGUUUGAAUUGGCAGGAAGAUCCCCUACCAAAAACUUGAAUUUAAUGGAAUCUAAAUUCGCAGAAAAAUCCUCCAUUGAGGACUUGAAUUCUAUGAUGUCUGAAUUAACAGAAAAAUCCUCCACCAAGAAGUCGAAUUCAACGAUGUCUGAAUUAACAGAAAAAUCCUCCACCAAGAACUUGAAUUCAACGAUGUCUGAAUUGGCAGAAAAAUGCUCCACUAAUAACUUGAAUACAACGAUGUCUGAAUUGGCAGAAAGAUCCCCCAUCAGGAACUUGAAUUUAGUGAUAUCUAAAUUGGUAGAAAAAUCCUCCACCAAGAAGUCGAAUUCAACGAUGUCUGAAUUAACAGAAAGAUCCCCCAUCAAGAACUUGAAUUUAAUGAUAUCUAAAUUGGUAGAAAAAUCCUCCACCAAGAAGUCGAAUUCAACGAUGUCUGAUUUAACAGAAAAAUCCUCUACAAAGAAGUCGAAUUCAACGAUGUCUGAUUUAACAGAAAAAUCCUCCACAAAGAAGUCGAAUGUAAUGAUAUCUGAAUUGGCAGAAAAAUCCUCCACCGAGAAGUCGAAUGUAAUGAUGUCUGAACUGGCAGAAAAAUCCCCCGCCGAGAACUCGAAUUUAAUGAUGUCUGAACUGGCAGAAAAAUCCUCCACCGAGAACUCGAAUUUAAUGAUAUCCGAAUUGACUGAGAAAUCUUCCACCGAGAUGAUUACGCCUGACAUAGUAACAGAAGAAGUUACCGAGUUGGAAAUGUCAAGAACGACCGAAGAGACUGAUGAUGUAGAGAUCAUUGAUUCAGUUUCUGAAAUUAAAACACCUACCUCUAGAAACGUUAAUCCUACACGAAAAAGAAAGAUCAACGAGCUUCAAGAAACGAAGAAAUGCACUCGUCAACAAUUGUUGAAAAAGAUAAGAAAUUUGAGGAAGUGUAGUACUAUUCCAAAUACGCGUCCAAGUACUUCAAAUCACCACGAGAUAGGACAGAACCGGAAUAAAAGUUCUCACGCCUUGCAGGUCGAGGAUCAGUUGGAAAAGGAAGUUGAGGAUGUUAAGGAGGAUGAUUAUAUUCCUAAAAAGAAGCCUCGAAUUGCCCAUGUACCUAAAGCUACAGUAACAGAGCAAAACGUAUCAUUAAACAAUUGUGUACAGGCGACGGUAUGUGCAGAUGAAAAUUUGGCAAAUAAAAAAGAAAAUUUAGAAACUGUUGCCAAUAACCUUAUCGAUCCUAAUAGAAGCCCUAUAAUAAAACUGACUAAACUACCACUGAAGAACAGAAUCAAUUUGUACGAGCAACCUAUUACUCCGACAGUGGUAAAAGAGAGUAACCAGGAAUUAAAAGAUAAAUGUAACAAUAGCACUAAUAAACCAAACCUGACGCCAUUAAGCAUAGCGAGACCUGAUGUAGCACCUGUUGCAGAGACUAAUAAUGAUAAUAAAGUAUUGACAAGUGACACUGAGUGUGCACCUGAGUAUAAUUCUAAAGUGAAAGAUUUAUUUGGCGACGAUUCUGAUAGUUCUGAAGACUUUGAUUCCCCUCAAAGUCCUGAUGAUCCUUCUGGAGUAUCAGUGGAAGUUAACAGAACGGAUCCUAAAUUAACUGAAGAAUGUGAUUUUGAUUCUCCUCAAAGUCCUGAUGAUUCCUUUGGAAAAUCAGUGGAAGUUAACAAAACGGAUCCUAAAUUAACUGAGGAAUGUGAUUUUGAUUCCCCUCAAAGUCCUGAUGAUCCUUUUGGAAAAUCAGUGGAAGUUAACAAAAUGGAUCCUAAAUUAACCGAGGAAUGUGAUUUUGAUUCCCCUCAAAGUCCUGAUAAUCCUUUUGGAAAAUCAGUGGAAGUUAACAAAACAGACUCUAAAUUAACUGAAGAAUAUGGACAACUAAAAAGGAAAAACGAAACCAAUUUGUCAGGUUCGGACAAACCAGUUGUUAGUAUUCAUAACAUUAAAAACAAAGUCAAUAGUCAAGCGAAAUGCAAAAAAAAUGAUAAGUUCAAUGAACCGUCGACAGUGAACGUUAUAUUAACUAAUAAUUUACAGUCACAGCAUUGCCAGGAUAAUAAUAAUCAGUUUAGGAAAUCAACUAAUGUUAAACACAAGCUGACUGUACCUCGGAAAAAGGUUCAAAACGUCGUAAAUAAUGAUGAGUCAUUUAACUCCAACAAUUUGACUUCAAAUAACGUACAGCAAAGUAAGGUAAAUGAAAUGACCUGUACCACAGAAAGAAAAUUAAAUUCGCAACUUCCUAUCGAAAUACUGAAAGAAUUCAAUAAAAAUAGCACUAUAAAUAGAAAUUAUAAAAAGGAACUUGAACAAUUAGAAAAGAUCCGUUCGGAAGCAGAUAAGUCUGUAGUGAAGCAGCUGCAUAGAAUUAUACACAGUGAAUGGCAAGAUGCUCUGCAUUGGGAUGUAAUUGAAAAAUUGAAAAGUACUUACACUCCCCGUAUCAUAGCAAAAAAUAUUGUAGACUAUUUAAGCGUAACGCAAAAGGUGAACAAGAACCUGGACAAUACCUAUACACCACCUGCACCUUUAAUGACUAAAGUACAGCAAAGAAUUGUAGCAUUGUUAGCUGACUUAGAAGAAUCAUUUCCGAUUAUUCAACUGGUUCAAGGUGCCAUAGAAUAUAAGCUAUUUAAGUUCAACCAGCAAGUACAGAAAUCAGUUGUGGAAUUACUUGCUAGGGUGUAUAUUAUUCUAGCCAAAAUUAAGAAAGAUAGACAAAAAGUAAGGAUAUUCUGUUGCGAUGCUCUUUAUUGUAUGGGACUUUCGGGGAUACUUGUUUUGUAUACAGUAUUUACUUGUUGGCCAGAGUCAUUUCCAAAGAAUGAAACUAAUAACGAUCUACUACCGAAAUGUAUUGCUCAUCUUCUCUUGGCUCAACAAGCUGUUAACUACCCUAAGCUUUUCGCAUUGAAGAACUUGGUAACUCUAUACUAUAAGUAUCCAUCAGGAACCCUGUCUGCAAAUAUAUUGAAAGAACUUUUGACGGCACUUCAAGAAAAAUGUCACCCUGACGUCGAGGCGAGCAUUAAACUUUUAGCAAAGAAAGAAGGCAUGGAAUGGACGUACAAGAAUAUCAUUAAGGGAGCUUUGUUGCCCAUGAUUAUUAACGAAAAGCUUCCCGACAUGUACAGGGCGUUCGGUUUACUCGGCGACCUGAUGCGCGUAUUCCCUAUAGAAGAUAAGGAUAACUCAGUCGGUGAAAUUGUUGAACAAUUAUGUGACCUAAUUAGUUCCGGUGAAGGAACGGAUGAACAACAGGAGGGUGUGAUCUCGGCGUUACUUAGCUUGUCAAGGCAUAAAUUCGACACGGUGCUAUCAAACGUGACGAACUGGACCCCCACCGUGCCCCUUCAUGACCGAACCGUGGAACAGAUCCGUGGAAUGUUUAAUCAACGCGACCCAACUUUCUGGAGGGGUUACCUAAAGAAGUAUGAGAUCUCGAAAACGGGUAAACGAAGUAAAACAUAACAUAAAGCAGCUCCUCCAUCGCCAACGACAACACGCACCUUGUGAUAUUUAUUUAGCGGAUAAUUCUUAAGUAUUAUUUAAAGAUUGAGACGUUUAAGUUGCGGAUUUCGUUAAUAAAUAUUUUUGCAUAUUUCUAUUAUUUCAAUUGGCGAUAUAUAUGUUUCUCGCAUUAGAAAGUUACGACGUUAACGUAUUGUGUACAUAUUAUUGCGCGUUGGGCGAAGAAAACCUUAUGUUAUGCUUCGAACGAGUCAAUCCUAGAACGUUAAUAUAUCUAUAUAUACGAUCAACUAAUAACUUUGGUAAACCAAAGAAGAUACUUAUUACGCAAUAGAAGCGAGCCUCAUAUUAUGAGUAAGUUUCCCUGCGUUUAAAAGCUUCCUACAAACGUUUUUAAUUUUUUAUUACCGUAAGAAGAGAGUCGCAAUG